AUGUAUAAUAUUAAAAAAGUAUAUUUUUUUGCACAUUUUUUAUUUCUUUUUUUUGGGGGGUUUCAAAAAAGUUCUUGUAUAUAUCCAGGAAAUAAUUACAUUUCGGAAUUGCUAAAAUUAGGGAUUUUCGAUAAAAAUACGAUGAAAAUAAAAAAAGAAAUAUAUGAAAACAUCGAUAAGACACAUCAAAUAUUUUCAUCUUGUAAAACUUGUAUAAAAUUAAUACAACUAUUAACAAAAAUUAUUCAAAAUAAAAAAGAGCAUUACAUUGAUAUUGCAAUAGAGGAAACUUUAGAAACAAAUUUAUGUAAACCACAAUUAUGGAAACAAUAUUUUAAUUAUGAUGAAUUGCUUUAUAAUGAAUAUGUUAUAGAUAAUUGUGGAUAUACUUAUAAAUUAGUUAAAGAUCAUAUUGAGGAUAAUAUAUAUAAAUUAUAUAAAAAUGAAAAAUUGUUUUAUCAAAAUGUGUGUGAAAAAAUUCACCACAUAUGUAAAAAAGCUAUAGAAGAAGCUCAAAAUAAUUCGAAUAAUAGUUUGAAAAUUAAACUUAUGUAUGAUUUAUAUUCCCAAUAUUUAGUAGACCAUGCCAAUUAUAGCAUAACUACAAAUGGAAUACCAUACAAAAUAAUAGAAAAAUAUAAAAACAACACUAAUGAAAAUACUAACGAAAAUCCUAACGAAAAUCCUAACGAAAAUACUAACGAAAAUACUAACGAAAACACUAACGAAAAUACUAAUGAAAAUAUUAAUAAAAAUAGUUAUAUCAUAAUUCAAUCUCAAAUAAAAAAUAUGAAUCAAAUUAAAAUAUAUGAUGAUUUCAAAAAUGAAUAUUUCAGGGUUAUUAAAAUGAAUAAGUUAAAUGAUAAAGUCGCUGAAUUGUUCCUCAAAAUUGGAAUCCAAAAUAUGUUCACUUUCAUUUUUUAUAACCAAUUUGAGAGAAAUGGUCAAAUAUCAACUGAUUCUAUAUUAGAUAUAAAAAUUAUAAUUUAUGAUGCAACGAAUAACAUCGAGGAUUUGGUUCCGAAGAAUUAUAAAAAUAAGUUAAUACACAAUGAUGAAACAUUUUUGUUAUACAAAUAA